ACAAUACUUUUGCCUGCUAACAACAUUUUCAAUAUAAGCUUCACGCAAUUCUAUAAAUCAAAGAGACACGUUCGAUUAUUUUCUAGUGCGAUUCAGUUCGAAACGAUAAACCACAUAUGUAAGUUCAACCUUCUUCCCAAUAACUCUUUUAAGCUUCAAAUUUAUUCAUACUGGAAAAUUUUUAUGCAGGACGCAUAAUAUCGAAGUUUGUGUGUUUGAUAAAUCGAAUAAUAUAAAAAAAAAAAUGUCUCACAAAAUAAAUUAAUUUGAAUCAAAUUGAAAAUCGGAGGUUGAAACAAAAGUUUUAUAGAUCAAAACAAACCGUGAUUCAAAAUUGAUAACUUGUAACGGUGUGACAAAGAAAAAAGCAUACAGCAUACCUUCGAUUUGAAUAUUCAUGAUAUAACUUUGAGUAUUUUUAUUUUUCGUCAUUAAAAAUACCUACGUGUGAAUUUCCGUUUGUUGAAAGGAAACUAUCACCAUCAUGAAUGAAAAUGGAGUACCACCAGCAACAAAUUUAAACUCGAUAACUACUCAAGCUCCAAUUAUAUCUGUGAAUGAUGUUACAUCUAGUCCAAUGCCAACAUAUGCUGGGGCAACCAAAAAUGGAGCAGUUGUGGUGAAUGAGCCUAAAAGGAGAGUUAGUAUAGCAUCAGAUCCUGUAUCAGAGUCGAGGCAUAGCUAUGAUAAUGCUGCUUUUGAUCCUCAUCCACGAAGGAAGAUUUCGCAGACCUCCGUCCAUUCACACUGUGAAAUAGGACCGGUUAGAAGAAAAAGUAUCCUUAUGAAUGCUUCUCACGACAAUGAAUCAGAAUAUGGGUCUAUACAUAGUUACGAUAACAGACCAAAUGGCAAUAGAGCAACAGCUCUUGAUUCCUUAAAUGCAAAAAUCAAUCAUCACCACAAUACAUCAAAUGUUGGAAGUCAUUUGGAGGAAUCAUGGAUUUAUUCAUUUUGUUUAAGAUGCAGAGGCGAUGAAAAUCGACCAUCAUGGGAACCUCCACAUUGGCAAAAAGUUUGUCCAUAUCCACUUUGUCCAUCAUUUAGACAAUUUUCCAGAAUUAUAUCCCUGAUUUUAAUUGGAAUACUGAUCUGGUGCACCGCCUAUGUUAUAAUAGGUGAUUCUGCAGCUCCUGGAGGACAAUUAUUUAGUCUUGUGGUUCUUACAGUUGCAGCUAACUUUGGAGGAUGGCUUAUAUCUUUGACAACACUUCCAAGAUUAAUUGGAAUGUUGCUAGUUGGAUUAUUAUUUCAGAAUGUCGGAUGGGUAGACUUUAGUGGUGAAUUCUCAGAAGUAACAGCCAUUCUACGAAAGUUUGCUCUAACUAUUAUACUGAUUCGAGCUGGCCUUGAAAUGGAACCCGAUGCUUUUAAGAAAGUUUGGAAAACCAUUCUAAAACUUGGAGUUAUACCAUGGACCGUUGAAGCCUGUGUGGUAGCUGUCAUGAGUCACUAUUUGCUAAACAUUCCCUGGAUUUGGAGUUUUUUGCUCGGAUCUAUAAUAGCUGCUGUAUCACCCGCAGUUGUAGUACCUUGUCUAUUUAGACUGAGAACAAAAGGCUAUGGUGUAGCAAAGGGUAUUCCAACUCUUAUUAUAGCUGUCGCUGGAAUCGAUGACGCACUGUCAGUCGCUAUUUUUGGCAUUAUUAGCAGUAUUAUGUUUUCGGACAAAGGAAUGGCCUAUCAAAUUUCUCAAGCUCCAGUUUGUAUAUUUGGUGGACUUGGCUUUGGAAUUGCCUGGGGCUAUAUGUCAAGAUUCUUUCCCGAAAAAGGCGACCCCUAUGUGGUUCCAUUGAGAACUAUUCUGCUUUUUACUGGAGGAUUAUUUUCAAUAUUUGGAAGCGAAGUUAUUGGGUAUGAAGGCGCAGGACCUCUUGCAGUGGUAUUCGCAGCAUUUGUUUCAAACUUGUUUUGGUGUAAGCAGGGUUGGGAAAUCGAAGAUAAUCCUGUUUCGACAGCUUUUGAAAUAUUCUGGAUGAUUUUUGAACCAAUUUUAUUUGGUAUCACUGGCUCAACCGUCAAGAUAUCAGCACUAGAUCCAGAUAUUGUUUCUGUUGGUAUUGGAUGUUUGGUUGCUGGUAUUAGUUUGCGUAUAUUAUGUACAGUGGGUAUCGCAUUUGGCGAUAAGUUAAAUUUGAAAGAAAAAAUAUUCGUUGCAUUAUCCUGGAUGUCUAAGGCUACCGUCCAAGCUGCAUUGGGACCAGUUGCAAUGAAACACUUGACUAGCGAUGCAACAAAAGAAGAAAGACAUUAUGCGGAAAUAGUACAAACAAUUUCUGUACUAAGUAUUAUAUUGACAGCCCCAUUGGGUGCAAUUUUAAUUUCAAUCAGUGGCACGAAACUACUUACAAAAACCAAGCAACCAAAAAUAUCAGAAGGAUGGCGAAGAAGUCAUAGACCUUCAUUGCGUGAUAUCAGUAUUAUUGAUGAGGAAGAAGAAAGAGAAGACCCGGAAUUACCUGAAGAUAAAACAACAACUGAAAAUACUCAGACAAAUAUUAAUUUGUCAAAUGCAACGUAUUCUUAUAACAAAUAAUUGUCUAAAAAUCAGUUGGUCGUUUAUCUACCAAGUAUGAUAAUGCUGGCAUCAAAAAAUGUUACUUCAAAACGACUGAUGUAUAGAGUGUAGGUAAACGAAUACGGGUACUGUUUUCUAAGCCUUACCUUUUCAGCCUGUAUUGCCAAUAUAAUGAAAAUUAUUAUUAAUAUAAAUAGUUAAUAUAAAUAAAAAAAAAAAUAAAAUAUUAUUAAG